GUUUCUCUCUCCUCCAUUUCUACUCACACUUGGGAACGAUUCAUCAUCAUCACUAUUGAAUUCAGCAGAUCUUCCACUGAGAAUCCCUCCGUCGUCUUCCGAUCUUAUCAAUGCCGAUCGAUAAGAUCUUCAAAGAUGACGCCAAUGAAGAGAAAGGAGAACGUGCGAGGAUGGCUUCGUUUAUUGGUGCAAUGGCGGUUGCUGAUCUCGUUAAGUCUACCUUAGGCCCCAAGGGAAUGGAUAAGAUCUUGCAAUCUACUGGAAGAGGUCAUUCCGUCACUGUGACUAACGAUGGUGCUACUAUUCUCAAGUCACUUCACAUUGACAACCCUGCUGCUAAAGUUCUUGUUGAUAUUUCGAAAGUUCAAGAUGAUGAGGUUGGUGAUGGGACUACUUCUGUUGUUGUGUUGGCGGGUGAGCUUCUUAGGGAAGCUGAAAAGCUUGUUACUUCUAAGAUCCACCCCAUGACAAUUAUAGCAGGUUACAGAAUGGCUGCGGAAUGUGCUCGUGAUGCUUUACUCAAAAGAGUAAUGGAUAAUAAGGAGGAUGCAGAGAAGUUUAGGUCAGAUUUGAUGAAGAUUGCUAUGACUACGUUAUGCUCUAAAAUUCUCUCACAAGACAAGGAACACUUUGCAGAAAUGGCUGUGGAUGCUGUGUUCAGACUAAAGGGAAGCACAAACUUGGAAGCUAUUCAAAUCAUCAAAAAGCCCGGAGGUUCUCUGAGGGAUUCAUUUUUGGAUGAAGGAUUUAUUCUUGACAAGAAGAUCGGAAUUGGGCAGCCAAAGCGCAUAGAGAACGCAAAGAUCUUGGUAGCAAAUACUGCAAUGGAUACCGACAAAGUGAAGAUUUACGGUGCACGUGUCCGUGUAGAUUCUAUGACCAAGGUCGCUGAGAUCGAAGGCGCUGAAAAGGAAAAGAUGAAAGACAAAGUGAACAAGAUCCUUGCCCAUGGUAUUAACUGCUUUGUCAACAGGCAGUUGAUCUACAAUUUCCCCGAGGAACUCUUCGCAGAUGCUGGUGUACUUGCUAUUGAGCAUGCUGACUUUGAGGGAAUAGAGCGUCUUGGAUUGGUUACAGGCGGUGAGAUCGCUUCAACCUUUGACAACCCAGAGUCUGUUAAGCUUGGGCAUUGUAAACUCAUCGAAGAAAUCAUGAUUGGUGAAGAUAAGUUGAUCCAUUUCUCUGGCGUUGCCAUGGGCCAAGCUUGUUCAAUUGUCCUACGUGGUGCUAGUCACCAUGUUCUAGACGAGGCUGAAAGAUCACUACAUGAUGCCUUAUGUGUACUCUCCCAGACAGUGAAUGACAGUAGGGUGUUGCUUGGAGGUGGAUGGCCAGAGAUGGUGAUGGCAAAGGAAGUAGAUGAGCUCGCAAGGAAAACUGCUGGCAAAAAAUCUCAUGCCAUUGAAGCUUUCUCACGGGCUCUUGUAGCUAUACCGACAACAAUCGCUGACAAUGCUGGUUUAGACAGUGCAGAGUUGGUCGCUCAACUUCGUGCAGAGCACCACAACCAGGGGUGUAACGCUGGGAUCGAUGUCAUCUCUGGAGCUGUAGGAGAUAUGGAAGAGAGAGGAAUCUAUGAAGCAUUUAAAGUGAAACAAGCGGUUCUGCUUUCUGCAACAGAAGCAGCUGAGAUGAUACUGCGAGUGGAUGAGAUCAUUACUUGUGCUCCUAGGAGGAGAGAAGACAGGAUGUGAUGACUUAUACAUGAUCGCAAACCUCCCCUCUCCAGUGACGAUGUUCAAUGCUAGAUUGUGUUUUUUGAUUUGGACUAGAGAACAUCUUUAUAUGUUAUGUUUUGCUCCUUAAACUUUUCUCUUUGGUUUGGUUAUUGUUUCGAAUAUUGUUUUGAUUAUGAUUCCAUAGGUUUUGACGAACUGUAAGGAGAUAUUUGUAUCUGUUUGGGUAGAGAGUAUUAUUCAUAUAUGGAUAAUUUAGUUUA